UCUCCAGAUUCCUCUCUGUCUCUUCAUGAUGGUCGAGUGAGGUUGUCUGGAGAGAGAGAGUGUGAGGGUGAGGUGGAAGUUUACAUUCAUCAGGUUUGGAGGAGAGUUCUGCUGGACUCCUGGAGUCUCACUGAAUCCUCUGUGGUCUGCAGACAGCUGGGCUGUGGCUCUGUGCUGAACUUCACUAACUCCUCUUCAUCCAGUGAUGAACACAGUUAUGAGUGUGUGAUGGGCUUCCAGUGCUCUGGGACUGAAGAUCAUCUGAGGAACUGCAGCUCUCCACAAACUCUCAAGUGCAGCGUAACAAAACAGCUGUCAAUCACCUGCCUUGGUCAGAAUUACAAUAUCUGUCAGAAGUCCAUCAGGUUGGUGGGUUCUGGUGGAGAUUGUGCAGGAAGGCUGGAGGUUUUUCACAAAGGCUCAUGGGGUACAGUGUGUGAUGACUCCUGGGAUAUUAAAGACGCUCAUGUGGUGUGCAGACAGCUGCAGUGUGGAGUGGCUCUCAGUAAUCAGCCAGUACCAGCCUGGUUUGGUCCUGGUUCUGGACCCAUAUGGCUGGAUGAUGUGAACUGUGAGGGGAAUGAGACGUCACUGUGGAGCUGCUCUUCACGGGUCUGGGGAGAUCAUGACUGUAAACACAAGGAGGAUGUAGGAGUCGUGUGCUCAGAGUUUAAAGAGCUCAGAUUAACUGAAGGCUGUGAAGGGAAUGUGGAGGUUUUCUACAAUGGAUCCUGGGGUAAUGUUUGCUGGAAUCAGAUGAACAGAGACACAGCAAGUCUGAUCUGUCAAGAGCUGAACUGUGGAAGAUCUGCCAGUGAACCCAAUUAUUCAGAUGGAUUGAGGUCUCAGAAUUGGUUGGAUAAACUUACAUGUCGACCACAUGACUUAACUUUAUGGCAGUGUCCAUCUUCACCCUGGGGACAGAAUAAAUGUGGUCCAAAUAAGGUUUUCAAAAUCACCUGUUUAGAGGAAAAGGCCCCUCAGAGUCAUCUGCCAUGCUCUACCUCACCAUCUCCAUACCAGAGACAAUGUUCAAACUGA